AUGAAACUCAUCAAUCAAAUCAAACAAUCUCAAAGACAAAUCAGAACUUCAUCAAGUUUAUCUAAUCUAAUCAAGAAUGCAACCACCCUAACCAAACUAACGACUUCUCAACUCUUAUCAUCAUCAAAUCAAACUGAUCAUCUCUUAAAUCAAACUCAAGUAGAUCCAUUUAAAUUAUUAUCACCUGAAUUGAAAAAAUUAAAUUUAAAUCUAAGUUCGUUAUUAGGUUCCAAUCAAAUUAAAUUAGAUCAAGUAGCUAAAUAUUAUUUAUCUCCUUCAACUGAUUCUAAACAUUUAAGACCUUUGAUCGUCUUAUUGGUUUCAAAAGCAACGGCUAAUCUAAGUCCUACUUAUCCUCAUCAUCUUCAUUCAUUUCAAUUAGAUAUCAAUCAAUCUAUUUCACCUCAUUCGAUCUUAACCGAUCAUAAUCCUUCGGCUUCUUCUUCAAAUCCACUCAAUGAUCCAUCAUCAUCUUCAAUCUUACCAUCUCAACAUAGAUUAGCAGAAAUUUCAGAAAUGAUUCAUGUAGCUUCUUUAUUACAUGAUGAUGUGAUAGAUAAAGCCAGCUCUCGAAGAUCGAUUCCAUCAGCCCCACACGAGUUUGGUAACAAGUUAUCGAUCUUAGCCGGAGAUUUCUUAUUAGCAAGAGCAUCAAUUGGAUUAGCCAGAUUAGGAUCAUUAGAAGUAGUCGAAUUGAUUUCUUCAAUCAUAUCUAAUUUAGUUGAAGGUGAAUUGAUGCAAUUGAAUUCAAAUGGAAAAUCAAAUCAUCAAAUCUGGAAUGAAUAUCUUGAAAAAAGUUAUUUGAAAACAGCUUCUUUGAUGGCUAAGACAGCUAGAUGUGCUACAGUUCUAGGUGGAUGUGGGAUACAUCAAGGAUGGGAAGAAGGUGAGAAGAUUAAAGAUGGGGUUUAUCAGUUUGGUAAACAUUUAGGUAUCGCUUUUCAGAUUAUAGAUGAUGUACUUGAUUAUACUUCAUCUGCAUCUGUUUUGGGAAAACCUUCAGGUGGAUCUGAUCUUAAACUAGGAAUAGCAACUGCUCCGAUCCUUUAUGCAUCAGAACAGUUUCCAGAACUAAACGAAUUGAUCAAUCGAAAGUUUAAUCUUGAAGGAGAUGUAGAAAGAGCACAAGAACUGGUUCAUCGAUCAAAUGGGAUCUCUAGAUCGAUUGAAUUGGCUCAAAAGUAUUCGAAUGAAGCUAGAGAGUUUCUUAAACAAUCUGGUAUACCUGAAAAUGAAGCUAGGAUUGGAUUAGAGAAAUUAUCUUGGAUGGUGAUUGAUAGAGUUAAAUAA